AUGUCGGGCCUGCCGUCCGACGACCUCGUCGAGGACUACCGGGUCUCUCUGGAGGACCUGACGACCAACGAUCGCUUCCAAAUCAAUAACCUGACCGUCAUCGCGCGAGAGAACACAGAGCAUGCCAUGGCCAUUUCACGAGAGCUGGAAAAUCACAUCAAAAAGACGCCUCCGCAGCAGAAGCUGCCAGCCCUGUAUGUAGUCGAUUCCAUCGUGAAGAACGUUGGAACUCCCUACACACUCUUUCUGGGACGCAACAUGUACCAGACGUUUAUGAACGCCUACACCCUGGUUGAUGGGCCGACCCGCCGCAAACUCGACGAGAUGCUCAAGACUUGGAAGGAACCGGUGCCCGGUUCUCUCGACACUCGCCCCGUCUUCCCGCCCGAGGUCACCCGCAACAUCGAGAGUGCGCUGAUCAAAGCGCGCACGGCAGCCCUCGAGCGAGAUCGGACCGUCAAUCGUGGCCGUACUGGAGGAACCCCGACGGGCUGGAAGAACAGUCCAAUUCCGCCGCAAGCCAUGCCUCAUCCGCCGCCGCAGCACCCUUACGGUGGACGGGCUUCCAAUACAUCGGUAUGUUCCGCUCGUGAUCCACGGCUUGCGCUGCAUGCGCCGUCAGUUCUGUCUAACAGGGAAUUCAUGAGGCAGACCCCUCCUCAGGGCAACUCCCCCAAUAUGACUCUAGAAUCUCUCCAUCGAGACCUCAACGCCUUGGUUGAGGGAGCACGGGCAGCCUUCGCCCGUAGCCCGUUCGAUAUCUCAUGCCAGCAACGCUUGCAGGCGCUACUGGAUCUUCAGAGGAUUCUCCAGCAACAACAGCUCCCCCCAGAUCAGCUGAGGAUUGUUCAGGAUCAAGUCUCUUCGCUUGCCGCGACACAGCCAGGACCAGCACCCGCACCCAUUGCUCAGAACUCCGUCCCCAGCGCCCCCGUGGCAACGCCUCCAGUGCCCGUGUCGACUCCGCCAACACAACCAACUCCCCAAUCUUUCCAAAGCCUUUUCAACCCGGGCACCUUGGCCGACCUUAUCAAAGCAACGGCCAAUCCUCAGCAACCUACUCCGCCGCCACAGAUUCCCAACCCUCUUACUCAAAUGCCUCCAAUGCCUCCGAUGCCUCCCGCCAGCGGCACACCGCAGCCCGCUGAAAACCCUCUCAUUCAAGCUCUUCGAAUGCAUGGGCUUUUACCCUCUGCAUCUGCACCGCCAGCCAUGAUGUCCGCAGGCGGCACACCACGCGCGGGACCAUUGCCAUUCCUCAUGCCCGGCCAACCGCAUUCGACACCUCCAGCACCGACACCUCAACUGGCGUCUGCCUCCACGGUUCCCAUGAACACCGCCUCCAUGAAAAUUCCUCGAAUCGCUCUUGUCGCCUCUCUUUAUGAGGCCAAGCCCAACCGAUGUGGAACUUGUGGCCUGCGUUUCCUCGCCACCGCAGAAGGCCGAGAGAAGAAAGCCCGGCACCUGGAUUGGCAUUUCAAGACCAACCAGCGUAUGGUCGACGCAUCCAAGCGCGCACAGAACCGCAGCUGGUAUGUCGAUGAAAGGGACUGGAUCAAGUCCCGCGAAGCUGGAGACGACACCGGCCCAACCGACACACAGGCCACGAUCGAAGGAGAAACCGGUGUACCCGGCGAUCCUGCCAAACAAGGACCCCCGAAGGCCUGGAUUCGGGCACCGAACGACGCCAAGCUACGCAAUACGCCCUGUCCCAUCUGCCAGGAAAUGUUUGAAUCGACUUGGUCAGAGGAUGUACAGGAUUGGAUCUGGCAAGAUGCCAUUCAGGUUGCCGCCCGCGUUUACCAUGCCAGCUGCUAUGCCGAGGUAACCAGGGAUGGUCCUGCGCCGCGCAGUUCAACACCGCAGGCUCGAACUGGCACACCGGAUUCGGUGCUGGGCAAGCGCAAGGCAGAAGGCAACGACUCUCCAGGGAAUACCACGCGCGUUAAGAUGGAACCCAUGUGA